AUGGCGACUCUGGCGGAGAAGCUCGAGAAGAUCAAGUCUCCCAAGCUGCAGAAUCAGCACCAUACUGCUGUGGUGCUCUCUGCAGUGGAGGAUACUCUUCGCGAUCAAAAGGCCGAUUUUUCACCUACCGCUUACUUCGCUGCCCUCCUUGCCCUGCUUUCUCAGUCGCUGUCGGCCGAGCAAGGUAUCGUCAACAAGGAUCUGGCAACUUCCGUCGUCUACCUGCUCGAUAUCACCACCGCCUAUGUCCCUGCCCCCAUCCUCCGUUCAAAAUUCUCCCAGAUCCUCACCAGCCUCGCGCCUGCAUUGUCACUUCCCGAGGUCGAAGCCCCCCUCUUGCGACCCUCAAUUGGAAGUCUCGAGUCACUGCUGAUCGCCCAAGAUGCGGCUGCAUGGAACCUGCCCCACACCGCAAUUGGUCCGCGCCGUGCCACGGCUGGUCUGCUGAGUCUGUCGGUUGACCAUCGGCCCAAGGUGCGCAAGCGCGCUCAGGAGGCUCUCAUCAAGGUUCUCAAGAACCCCCCACCGAGCCCGUCACUGGAUCACCCGGCUGCCGAUAUGUGCGCCGAGUCUGCCAUGAAGACUCUCAGCGACGGUAUCGCAGCUGCGACAAAGCAAAAGAAGAACCGCCACGAUGCGCAGUCCCGCGAGAACCACGAGCCUAUGAUUAUUCACUCCUUGCAGUUGGUCAAGACCAUUGCUUCGGCAUCCGGUGGCUGGCCCAGCAAGAAGAUCGAGGCGCUCUGUGAGCUGCUGAUGAACGCUUCGCGUUCCAUGAAUGAGUACAUCACUAUGGGUGCUUUCGAGGUGUUCGAGGUCAUUUUCGAGGGUAUGGCGGAUGAGUUCUCGUCUUCUAAGCUCCCCCGUCUUUUGGACGCCAUUUCCGAACUCAAGCCCGCACAGAACGAUUCGCAGCUUCUUCCGCCCUGGAUCGCCGUCCUGUCGCGUGGUUACGAUGUGUCUGCUCAGAUUGCCCCCGAAGACACGUUCGAGAAGCUCCCGGAACUGUUCCAGAUGAUCGCCGGUUUCUUGGCGUCGCCCUCCCACAACAUCCGCGUGUCGGCGUCCGAGUGUCUGAUCUCGUUCCUGCACAACUGCAUCCCUAACAGUGUCAUAAUUGAGCCGUCAGUCUACGAUGAGAAGACUCUCGAGAAAUUGGCCCGCGCGGCCUCUGAUUUGCUGUCUGUGAAAUACCAGGCUGCAUGGAUUGAAGUCUUCAACGUCUGCUCGGCCCUGUUCGACUGCUACAAGUGGCGAUCCUCUCCCUUCCUGACCGACAUUGUUUCGACCAUCGGUGAACUGCGCACCAAUGAGUCUUUCCACGGCAAGAAGGAGGCUGAUGCCGUCCUCGGAAGUGCUAUUGAGGCCAUGGGCCCUGCUGCUGUUCUCGAGAUUUUGCCUUUGAACAUCAUUGACCAGAAGAACGGCCAGCCCGGUCGCGUUUGGAUGUUGCCCAUCCUCCGUGAUAGCGUAACAAACACUAACCUGGGGCACUUCCGUUCCGAAUUUGCACCUCUCAGCGAGGCGCUUUACCAGAAGAUGAUGGACUUCCAAUCCCUGGAGAAGCCCGUCGAAGCCAAGAUCUUCGAAACCCUCGUCCAGCAGACCUGGGGUAUUCUUCCCGGAUACUGUGAGCUCCCGCUCGAUCUGGUUGAGUCCUUCGACCAGAGCUUCGCCGAGCUGUUGUCCAAUGUUCUGUACAAGCAGACCGAUCUGCGCGUCGAGCUUUGCCGCGCCCUGCAGAACCUAGUUGAGUCGAACCAGGCUAUUCUGUCCGUCGAGACCGAGGAGGAGGAUAUGAUCCUGCAGCGCCGUAUCACCAAGGCUGCCGCUGCCAAGAACAUCGCCCACCUAGCUGGCUUUGCUAGUAACUUGCUGGCUGUGCUGUUCAACGUCUACAGCCAGACUCUUCCACACCACCGCGGGUUCAUCCUGCAGUGUAUCAAUGCCUACCUGAGCAUCACUCCUGAGAAUGAACUUAACGAAACCUUCACUCGGGUUACCACGAUGCUCGAGGAGUCAUUGGUGACAGAGCAGAACAACCCUACCAAGGUGGAUCCUUCCAACAAGAUGCCGCCUACCUCGCAUACCUUGAUCGACCUGGUUAUCGCCAUGUCUAUCUACCUGCCACGUUCCAGCUUCUCCGGUCUCUUCGCCAUGGCCGCAGCCAUUCUCAAUGGAUCCUCUCCCAACCCCGACCAGCAGCUCAUCAAGAAGGCCUACAAGCUGAUUCCCCGACUUGGCUCGACCGAAGUUGGCAGCGCCGCCCUGCAGGAGCGCAGCGGUGAACUGCAGGCCCUGAUGCUUGCAACAAUUGACAAGACUCCGGCCUCUGGUCGCCGAGAUCGCAUGCUCGCCAUCCACGAGCUUAUCACGCACCUGCCUACCUCAGAGCUCCACUUCAUCCCUGCUAUCCUGUCCGAGGUGGUCCUGGGAUGUAAGGAGAGCAACGAGAAGGCCCGUACAGCCGCCUUUGACCUGCUCAUUCACCUUGCCCGCCGGUGCGGCGACGACGAGCGCAACCCAGCUGGCACUGUGAUCCGCAACUCCCUGGUCUCCCACAUGCCGGAUGACUCCCCGGACGCUCCCGCUACCAUUGAGGAAUUCUUCACUAUGGUUUCUGCCGGUCUGGCUGGUUCCUCGCCUCACAUGGUCGCCGCAUCGGUCACAGCGCUGUCCCGCCUGUUUUUCGAAUUCCAGACCAAGCUCCGCGCCGAGGUCCUCACUGACCUCGUCCAAACCGUCGAGCUCUUCCUCACCAGCAACAACCGUGAGAUUGUUCGCUCCGUCCUCGGUUUCGUCAAGGUCGCUGUUGUCGUUCUCCCCGACGACACCCUACGUCCCCGUCUGGCAACUCUCGUCCCCAACCUCAUGGCCUGGAAUAAGGAGCACAAGGGCCGCCUCCGCAGCAAGGUCAAGGGUAUCAUCGACCGCCUGGUCCGUCGCUUCGGCGCCCCACUGAUGGAGAGCCUAGUCGGCGAAGCCGACCGAAAGCUCGUCGUCAACAUCCGCAAGCAGCGUGAGCGCAACAAGCGCAAGAAGAAGGAAGGUGCCGAAGGCUCUGACGACGAAGAUGAAGAUAAGGCUGCCGACCAACAAUCCGGCAACGCCUUCGACAAGGCCGUCUAUGGCUCCGACUUCUCUGACGACUCGGACGACGGCGACGACGGUUCCGAUGUCGAAGUUGACGAGACCACACGCAUCAAGGGCAAGAAAGACAGAUCCCAGAACAACCAGUACAUCCGCGAGAUGUCUCCCGAAGAUAACCCGCUUGAUCUGCUUGCUCCGGACGCCCUGGCCAACAUUUCCACCACAAAGCCUAGCUUGCGUUUCUUGAACACCGGCCCCGGCUCCAAGCGCAAGCACGCUGCCAAGUUCGAUGCUAACGGCAAACUGCUUCUGGGUGAUGAUAUCGAGGACGUCGAUAUGGCCGGCGAUGCCCCUGCCGGCGGUGUCAAUGCCUACCUGGCAGCUGUCAGCGGUCCGGACGCCGUCCGCCGUGGCCAGAAGGGUAAGGUAAAGAUGGGCCAGACUAAGCGCGGUGGCGAUGCCAUGGAUCUAGACGAUGAGGAAGAGGCCGCUUUGAACGAAGACAUGCGCAACAAGGGCCCUCAGACUGGUCGUCGUGGUCUUGGUGCACCCAAGUCCCCUGGUGCUCCAGGUGGAGGUCGGAUCGAGAAGAACCGCUCCAGCUGGGGUGGCCGUGGAGGCGGUGAUCGCGACCGCGGUCGCGGCUUCAGUCGUGGCGGUGGUGGCCGCGGAGGUGGUGAUCGCGGUCGUGGCGGCUUUGGUCGCGGCGGCGGUGGUGACCGCGGUCGUGGAGGCUUCAGCCGUGGAGGUGGUGGCCGUGGUGGAGAUCGUGGUGGUCGCGGUCGUGGAGGUGGUGAUCGUGGCCGCGGCAGACGUUAA